AUGGAAACCCUCCCCUCUCCGCUACUCAUAGAAAUCCUCACCCGCCUAAACGACACCUCCGAUCUCGCACGCUGCAGACUCGUUUCCACCGCCUUCAACCACGCCUCAAAUGAAGUCCGAUCCUUAACCCUCCUAUGUUCCAUGUCGCGUUACCUCAGAUCCCGAUCACCGGAAACCAAGCACCUUGUCACACCUUUCAAGACCGUUUUGAAGAACCUCGUUCACCGAUCGCCCGAUUUUGAAUCUGUGUCGAUUGGUGUUGAUAGAUCGCUCGGUGGUGUCUCGUUUGAUGAUGUUGAAGAUGAGUCUGAUGAUCUUCAUCUCACCGAGUUUAAUUUUAUUCUCGAUUGGCUUCCGUGUGUUUCGAAAUCUAUCAAGUCGCUGUCUAUUUCGGAUUUCUGGGUUCAAUCUUGCUGGAGACGCUCCAAAGCGUUAUUCCUCAUCUCUUCCACUUGUUAUGGUCUGGUGCAAUUGGUGAUUAGGAAUGCUUGGUUAGCAGUGGAUGGUUUGUGUUUGAUGCCUGCAUUGACCAAUCUGACUCUUGAGUUUGUAAGAUUGGAUGACGAGGAUUUGAACAUGAUCAAUACUUGUUUACCUAAUCUUACGCAACUUAAUCUUAUGGGAGUUGGAGGACUUAAAGAGCCUUCAAUUAAUCUCUCACAUCUUCAGACUUGUCAGUGUCUCUCUCUUGAGAAUACUGAUGAGUUAGUAUUGAAAAAUUGUGGGAACAUACAACGCCUUCAGCUUGAGGUGGAAUGCCUCUCUCUUGGUUUCAUUUUAAGCAUGUUUCGCCGUUGCAUUGCUGUAGAGAGGCUUAGCUUAGAUUUUGUGAGAAGAACACAGAUAGUUAAAGGAGUUGAAGUUGAUCAAGUGGAGUUUGGCUUUGAUAUAUUGUUGAAUUAUUUCCCAAACAUGAGAUAUCUUAGUUUAGGUUCUGGGGCUUGGCAUGCCAUGGAGAGUUCUUUCCGAAGGGGAAGUUUUGAAAAUGCGACUGGGAUGAAAACAUUGAAAGAGCUUAUUGCACAUAUUGUGGUACUUGAAAUUGAUUUUACUCUUGCAUUUAUUUUCUCUCUAUUGGAAAAAUGCACCCAAUUGGGAGACAUUUCUCUGCUCAUCCACAGCGAUGUUGAUCUGUGUGUUGCUGGAAACCUCAUCUCCACAUGCAGAAGCAAAUUUCCUGGAGUUAGAUGGAGAUGGGGAAUAUGGAAAGAAGGAAUCAAGGAUACUUGGGUUUCUGGUGGCAUCUAG